AUUUCACGCGUCCCGCGACUUUCCGCCGGUCUAAGUUCAAGAUGUCAGCGAAAACGUUAGGAGUUUUCUUAACAAGAUAUUUACUGUUUUUUGGCUUCUCGUUACUUUUCAUUAAAAGAUCCGAAAGUCUUAUUGUCGAGGGGACAAUUUCUACGAAAGAGCAAUGGGUAUUUGUCGCAAGGUUCUGUUACAAGCAUUUUUCAGAUGAUAAUCAUGGUGCAGUUGAUUUUUAUUUUGAAUACCCAAUGACAUUAUGCUGUUCCAAUCCACAAUUAGCUAUUCUUUAUUAUGACACUCAGUGGAAAGAUGUUUACCCAAAGUCAGACAUGCCAUGCCAAUCAAAGGUCGACAGAACAGUACCAGGGAACAACCAAAUCUUGAGACUAGAACCCUAUGGGCAGUGUGAUUCAGUCAUAAGAGAAGGGAAUCAGUAUGUAGUUUGCAAAGGCUCAAGGAAAUUUAUCUCAUCAAGAGCUAGAUGGUGGUAUAUUGUGUUGUCUCAUUGCAACUCAUCCGCAGGUGUGCAAAUGAAGUACAGGAUGGAACUAACAAAUGGAAAUACAUUUUGGACCAAGCAUUUCUCGGCAGAUGAGCAAGUUAUUCUAGAGCCAAACAUCGCCUUCUUUUUGAUGACCUUCUGCAUGUUCCUUUGUAGUGUCAUCUUAGCAAGUGUCCUCAAAACGAGACAGCUGUUUCAUUAUACAUACAAAAUGUUCAUGGUGUCUCUUUUUCUCGAGUUGGUAUCUUUGAUGUUUGAUCUAAUUUACUACGUUGAGUAUGGGAAAACUGGAAUACCAAAUAGAGCCUACAAAGUUAUUGAGCAAGGCUGCCACUCAGUUGGUGAUAUGGCUCUUCUGCUGUUCUUGAUACUCUUAGCCAAAGGAUGGACUGUGACAAGAGGAAGAAUAAGCUCGUCUGGACAAGUGAAACUCGGCGUGUUUUUCACGCUCUAUUCGAUUACUUAUGCUGCUUUGUAUAUUUAUGAAGCCAAGGCGUUUGACCCCGGUGAAGUGCUGUAUCUUUACGAAAGCCCAGCUGGUGUUGGUCUAUGUGUCAUGCGCCUUAUCGCAUGGAUUUGGUUCUGCUACGGAACUUUCUUCACGUUGAAGCAUUACCCUAAUAAAAGCGCAUUUUACUACCCUUUCUGGUUCUUUUAUACUUUUUGGUUUCUAAGUGGCCCAGUAUUUGUCCUCAUUGCUACCUAUGUACUUGACCCGUGGGUUAGAGCAAAAGUAAUCAACGGUAUCAACAGGGCUGUUGCGUUCUGUGCCUAUUUUUUCUUUUUGAUACUGACUAGGCCCUCUGCUGCAAAUACGAAUUUUCCAUAUCAUGUGCGGACCUCCCAGAUUGGCGUUAUAAACAGUGACAGUGCGGAAAAUUUUGCAAAGCAUCAGUAUGCUCCAUCUGCUGAAGGCUCUCUCGAUUCUAACGGGCGACCGUUCUCUGAUAUUGCAGCCAUGUUUAGCACCAAAAGCAACGAACAGGUAACGUUUGGCCACAUUCCUAAUACAAACAACGGCAGUGCAUCUCAAAAUGGACAGACUUUGCUGAACGGGACAGCCAGUAGCACGACGUCGAGUACAAACAGCUCACCUUCAGAUCAUGCCAUCCAACCAAAUUUUAAUCUAUUCCAAGCAUCGCAACGACCUCCAGCCUACUAAAAGAGCAGUGGCUUUAGCUUCUGUAAACAAAUAUUUCCUAUCGCCACUUUUUUAUGGAUAUACACGAUUCUUCUCUCCAACAAAAGAACAGAAGCAAGCUAAAUUCGAUUCCUCCACUGGUUGAUAAAUGAACAGCAGAGCUUCUGUGCAAACGCCGCAUGGUACGAGUUCACUAUGGUGUUGGUUUUGCCCGUAUUUGCACGUUUAAGUCGUUAAAGAUUUAAGAACAUUUAGAUACGUAGCAAAGAAACCUCUUUGACAAUAAAUUAGAAGAUAAUCUGUUUAUUGCUUACAUACGUGUAAAUAUUAGUUCCUCAGAAAACUACUUGGAAUUGAAUUGGUUUGAACAAACUUACGAUUAAAUUAAUUUCAGGUUUACAGCGAGUAGAAGUGAAUUGUUUAAGUAAGCUUCUAUGGAAACCCAAAGCAGCACACCUUGUUAUCUGUAAGUUUUGGGAAGCGCACGUUUGUAGUUACACAUUUUUGGUUCCACUUUGCUACAAAGCCUUGUGUAGAGUUUUCUUAACUGUGUGAGUGGAACAAGCAGUCUAAUUGGUUCACGUUUUUACAAUUGGACUCUAGCUUGUUCUCAUCGGAUUUCCUAGCUUGGAUUAAUUUUUCAAAGCUGUUUUCAUAACCCACGAUGAUAAAAUUGUGUUAUUAGAAAGGUUCACAAUUGAGGGAUGUAGCCUUAUUUUCAUUCACGAAUCCUUUGUGACCUUUGUGAUCAACUGUUUUGAAUGUUUUCCUACAUUUUUUCUGCUAGUUGCAUGGAUUUUCUCUAAAUGUCGGUUCUAAAGGUCGUCUCCUUUUUAAAUUAAGCAUUUAUGUAUCACAACCAUUUAUGUGCAAGCACAAGUAGUAGACGACGCGUGGAAAAUGCGAAUCUUUUUAUUGGAAUUUCCAUUUAUUUGCACUGUGCACUGUGUAGUGAUACGCUGCAUUUUGUUAUUAAUUCCUAAUGCACUCGGAAUUGCUUGCAUCGUUUGAAUCAUUUGGUCACACACGCACCUCACGCAUGUACAUAAUGCUGAAAAAGCAGGGGAAAAGUUACUCUAGAUGAUAGCCUAUGGAUUGUGUUCUUGGGUUCUUUGAACCAUUUUUACAGAGUUAAAAACCAUUUGUGUUUACUUUUCCUAGCAAGGGGCACUUUUCCCAGAAAGGAUCGCUUUUUCCAAAAGAGGCAUUUUCUCAAAAAGAGUGGUUGUCAAUAUUGGUAGAAGACAUUUUAACCAUCAUCUUUGGAGAAUAUGUUAAUAUGCCCGACAGCUCAUUCUUUGACCCCGCAGAUUUUCGCUGGAAGGUCUUCAUAAGCAAUAUCGCGAUUCUUUCAUUCUUAAAUAAUUUGCUUUUGAUUACCGGUAGAUCUUUUUUCCUGAGUGUAAAUGUUUGUGAAUUUAACAGUAUCCCUUCAAGGCGUAUUAUAGUUAGCACGUUUGACCAUAUUCGAAAUAUAUUUAUAGUUGCUUCAGGAUCUUUGACUGUAAAUCUUUCCGUUUUAUUGGCUGUAUAUAAUAUAUGGUAUGUAAUACUUCUACUUGGCCUUUGUUGCACAAACUGCAUUGAGCAAUUCGUUGAACGUAGUCGCUUUUUAGCUGCAUCCACUACUUUUAGAGAGAACGUAAUACAUUUGAAACUAUCUGAUAAAAUUUUUAGGCCUACCAUAAUGGGUGUAUAGAAUUACAAUGCCUGCCAAAAGUCUUGGAACACUGACAUCCCCCUCUCCCCCACGGAACAAUGUUGGUUUACUAUGAAAUGGGUUGCGAUUUUAGGAAACACUUUCUUGCAGUUUUUAAUGAUAUUAUCUACAGUGUUUUAGGGGGGGGGGGGUAAUAGCUUUUUUUCGGAAAAGGAAUGAAAAACAUAAAAUGCAACGCAACUUGCUGGGUAUUCCAAUUGGGGGCCUGUCACACUGGGAAUUUAGAAAAUAUCUUGUCUCUUAAUGUUGGCGAAAUGGGUCAGUUUUUCCUAGUUUUUCAUUGAUUACCUGAAAAGCCAAAGAGGUCGCCCCAAAUAAGAUUUAAGGGUUUUAAAUUUUCUGUUAAGAAGAGAUAUUGACAAAAACAGUAUAUUAAUUAAGAUGAUUGAUAGGGUGCAUGGAUACAAAUAUGCGAUAGCAAACAUGAAUAGAUUUUUCCUCAAAAAGGUGCUUCUUUUAUCUACGUUUUAUUGUCCUUUGUUGGGUGAUGUGCGUCUUGACAAUGUACAUACUGAAGUUACCUUAAUUUGCACUUAUGAAUACAAAAUAAAAACACAUUAACUUAUGUUUAUUGUUAAUCUUACGUUUGAUAUCUUUUUAAUAAACUUGUAUCCUUAUUUCAUUUCGGAAAUUUCGUAUGAAGAGUUUAGAGCAGA